AUGGCAUGUGAGGAGGAAGAAAGAUGGUGUGGUCUCGGAGGUCCGCUCAGGUGUCCUCGGGUGACGACGAAGAGAAAAUUGUACGGGAGACGAGGAAGGAGGAGAAAGUUCCAUGGGGCGAAACCGGUUGGUGAGCCGGUUAAAGUUAGGGGUAAGGGCAAAGGCAGAAGAACCCAUUACAGGCAGUUCGAGCACGGCGGUUACAGAUACCAGCUGGAGGAUUCGGUGCUAUUGCAUCCAGAAGAGAAUAGUCUAAAGCCUUAUGUUGCCAUUAUAAAGGAUAUUACCCAAAAAAAAGAUGGACGCAUGAUGAUUCUGGGACAGUGGUUUUAUCGUCGAGAAGAAGCAAAGAAAAAGGGUGGUGGAAACUGGGAAGCAAAUGAUACACGAGAACUGUUCUACAGUUUCCAUUUUGAUGAGGCCCCCGCAGAAUCUGUGAUGCAUAAAUGUGUGGUGUAUUUUGUUCCAGCUCAUAAGCAACUUCCGAAACGCAGAGAUAACCCUGGUUUUAUCGUGCGAAAGGUGUAUGAUACCGAUGAAAAGACGCUGUGGGAAUUGACUGAUAAGGUUUAUGAAGCUUCAAAACAACGUGAAAUUGACCUCCUUGUGGAAAAGUCAAUGUCGAGACUGGGUGAUCUUCCUGACCUUGAAACUGAGGAACACGUAGAGAAGGCUAAAAGAUCUUCCCGGAAAGUAAACAUACCUCCUGUUGAUGUUAGAAAGGAGGAAGAUGAGUAUCAUUCUAUCCUACGCAAGUUUGAUUCACUUACAGGUGAUGCUCAUCGUAACAAAUGUUUGGCGAAGCUUCUGAAAGCAGUCCACAACAUAUGCUCCAACGCUGGUGAUGAAGGAAAGUUGGGUUCAGCUGGAUCCCAUCUUGAACAGGCUGAGAAUGGAUCUCAAGAUAAUCCGUUAAAGAAUGAGAGUUUUCUCUGGCCGAAUGAUGCUGUUCCUCGGGUUUGUGCUCUUGAGUUGGCUUUACAUGUAUCUCUUGCAUCGGAUUAUUCUAAAUACAAUCAAAGGACUAGGGCGUUGGCAUUCAAUCUCAAGAACACUUCACUGCUGGCUAAACGACUGCUCAAUGGGGAGUUAGAACCUGCAAAGAUUUUGAAAAUGUCACCCACUGAGUUAAAGGAGGGUCUAACUGCUGAGGAAACAGAGAAGAAUGAGCCUGAUGAUGCGGUACGGAUGCAGGUUUGUUCAUUUCUGACAGUCAGUUUUAUCCAGUUUCUUGGAUUUCAGUUGGAGAAUGUCUUUGACCAUGUCAUGUAUUGGCUUUGGAUGCAGAUGACUGAUGUAAGAUGCUCGAGAUGCAGUGAAAUUAAAGUUGGCCUGAAGGAUAUCAUUCAAGCUGGGCGUGGAGAUCGCUAUCAGGUUCUUGUGCUUUCCAUAUUAAGAUCUUCUUCUUCUCUUUUCUGUGCAUAUGUUUUUAUCAUAAUAUUCACACACUGGUUUUGUUUUAUGCAUCUAGCUGGAGUGUAUUGCCUGUGGACAUUCAUGGUAUGCCUCAAGGGAUGAGGUAUCCACUCAGACUAAAGACACUGAACAACCUGCCCAAGGCACUAAGACUGCAGACGUUGAGAAGAAUUUAACCAGUCCUCAUGAAGCUGGGAAGAUCGCAACAGAAGAAUCGUUGAAGACAACCAAUGACUUUAAUGCUGACAACAAUCCUGAAGCCACCAAGUAAAAAAAAAAGAGAGAAUGUUUAGGGUUUAAUGCUGACAACAAUCCUGAAGCCACCAAGUAAAAAAAAAAGAGAAUGUUUAUGUUUACACUUUGGGUAUUAAAUUGAACUUGGUUAAAAUUUAACAUUUUAGUUAUUUAAUCAAGGUAAAGCUUAUUUAUCAGUUAUCAAUGGAUUUUGAUUUCAUUACCAGUACAGCAGAAUUUGGAAUAUACAUAUUAUUAUUAUUAUAUUAAAACUAAACUUCAGAAGUUUUGGCUCUUUCGAUUUUAGAAAACUCCCAUUACAGAGUUUGUACCUUUUGCGGAUUCGAGAUUUGGUAAUUCUGUGCUACUAUCUAAUCUCUCAGUACACAGACAUAAUCAGUGUUUUUGCUCUUCUACUUUUCAAUAAUAGUUUUAUCUUGUAAUGAGAAAAUCUGAAGCAUAGUUUCUUAGAUUCUGCCUACAAUUUAUUGGUUCAUGUUUGGUGUUUUAAAUAUACUUUAAACUUAAUUUAAAAAUAUUAUUAUUAUAAACUUUAUUAAUUAUUUUAUUUUAUUAUAUUUUAUACAUUUUUAUGAUAGAAGAUGACAAAUGAUCUUUCAUAUUCUUCUCAGUUUAUUCAUAUAUAUAUUUAAAUUAUAAGAUUAUAAAAUAAUCUUUGCUAUUUUUAUCAAACAAAUACAAAUUUAUUAGCAUUAAAUAAAUUAAAUAUUAAAAUGAUGUAAGAAAACAUGCGAAUAAUGACAAAACGUUACAAUGAAAAUGUAUCAUCAUAAGUUUUAAAAAAAAAUGAAGUUUUCUAUGUAUGAUUUCAAGAAGUUUGUAUGUAUGAUCUCGAGAAGUUUUCUACUUCUUGUGAGCCAUUCUUAAAUGUGUUU